UUUUUUGUUCUGUGAUGAGUUUGUUUUCAUCAGAACAAGUUGAUCAUGGUUGUGAGUUAGAUUGAAAGUUAAUUUACUCUAACCAUGGUUAACUUAUUUAUUAAAGAUUUUUUUAAAUCAAAAUUAAGUUUAUUUUAUAUUCUACUUUUUAGCUUAUUGUGCUUUGGAUUUUACCAUUAUGCAAUUAAAGAGGAACACAACCAAUGUGAAAUGACUUUCAUGUAUCAAUUUCCUCAGUUCAUACCUGUUCCUCUGCGUAACAAUAUUUCCAAAAAAUUCCCAAAUUACAAUUUAUACAUCUAUGGUGAAGGUGAAUAUGCAAUGUUUCUCAGAGAAGGAGUUAUCUAUGGAAUACCUGUUCUUUUUGUUCCUGGAAGUGCUGGUAGCUACAAACAAGUUCGUUCUUUUGGAUCGAUUGCCUUACGAAUGGCUGAAGAACGAUUAAUGCCUCAUCAUUUCAAUUUUUUCACAAUAGACUUUAGUGAAGAAUUAUCUGGCCUAUAUGGGGCUAAAUUACAAUCUCAAACGGAAUUUUUAUAUGAAUCUAUUGAAGCAAUUAAAAAGCUUUACUUAGAAGCAGGACGGAAUGUUUCGCUUAUUGUAAUAGGACAUUCAAUAGGUGGACUAAUUAGCCGAGGAGUUUUCACCAUGCCUAAUUUUGAAGCAUCAUCUGUCGAUUUGCUGAUAACGCUAGCAACACCACAUAAACAACCUGCUCUUUUUAUUGAUACUCAUAUGCUAAAUUAUUAUCAUAAUGUACUCUCUUAUUGGAAAAGUAAUCGAAAUUCAUCUCAACUCAAUCAUCUAACUAUUAUCUCUCUUGGCGGUGGAUUUGACGAUAAGUUGGUUAAAUCCGAUUUAAUUCAAUUACCCGAUCUACUGCCAAGCUCAGGUGAUAUCAAUCUAUUAACUACAGCUGUUUCCGAUGUUUGGCUAUCAACUGACCAUCAAUGUAUCAUUUGGUGUAGACAAUUGAUUGUUAAAUUGGCUAAACUUAUUUUUGAUCUUGCUGAUUCUAAAUCGCACAAAAUUAUUUCUGAUCCAAAGAGACGCACACAAAUAAUUUCUUACCACUUGCUCAAUCGUAACCGAGGACCUUCCAGUAAUGUGAUUAUACCUUUAAAAACUAAACUUCCACGAAAAGGAAUUUGGAUUUCAUUCGAUCACCGGUAUUUUAUUUUCCGUCGUAAUAAGAUUAUUGAUGCUACAUUUCUUCUAUUUCCCCUGGUUCCGAAAACUAAUGUGAUAUUGUUAACUUCAAACGUUAUGAGAAGUGAUUGGGUUUAUGGUUGUAAUGCAACAGUAAUCAAUGUUAACGGGACAUCGACUCAGUUAUGUGAAAACGGAGAAAGUCUUACUCACAUGAGUCGACUUAUUCAAAAGACUUUUGGAAAUGAACGGAAAGUUUUGAAAUUGGAUUCAGAUAAAUUAAUUAACUCAGGGCAUUCCCAUAUUGUUGUUUAUCUUGGACCAACCGUUACGCCAGUUGCUGUUAUUGGUGAAAGAUAUUCGUUUGGUCGUCGAAAUAAGGCCAUUGUUAUGCCUACAUUUUUGGAUGGUUUAAUGUCACUUCUUUGGACAUCAAUUGACAUUCUGGAAAUUCCGGUGGCUGAGGAAGCUGUUUUUUACAACUUAACUCUGGUUGGCUUUAGUCAAGUUUGGCAUAGCUAUAAUUUAAAAGUUGAAGUUCGUUCUUGUUACCAGAAUGCUUUUGAAUAUGGCCUUAUUCAAUUUUGGGUUCCCUGGAGUUAUGAAGAUACUUCUAGUCAAAUAGCACCCUCUAAAAGUAAAUCAGUUACGAUGAAUUUGCGACUUAAUAUUCCAAAACAAGAUCCAUCCGAUCCUAGGCAUCCUCAUUUAUACCUUAUGUUGGACCCUAAUUGUGGUUACGUUGUUAAAAUUAACUUUUCUUACCAAGAAGUUCUUAGUCAACUGAUUCGUCAUUAUUUCAACUAUUUUCUUCCAUAUAUAUCAGCAAUUUUACUUUCUGCGUUAUCUAUCCAAAUAUUCCCUCAGCCCAACAGAAACAUAUUGGAGCCUUUACAAAAAGCUGGAUUUAUUCACAGUCGGGAAACAUUCGAACCAUUAUUUGUGAUACUUAAAAACAAUUUCCUUAAGAUAUCUCUUUAUGCAUUAUUACCACUUUCACCUUUUGUUGUGGAUAAAAUCAUCAGAUUUUUCGAGUUAUCUUUUGGGAUUUCACUGAUUUCCGACUCUGUUAUUCCGUUUUCUCAUCUUUCAUUAAGUGACAACCAGAAAAUUUUUCUUCAUACUUUUCUAUACUUAUUUUCAUACUCAUUUACAUUUGUAAUUGCAUCUACAAUUGAUCUGAUGAUUUUCUUCUUUUCUAAUAUUGCUUCUAACUUAAUUAGAGUAUUCAAUCGAAACCAAUUGGAUUCUCUGGAAGUGAAAGAAAAAAUACCAAGACUCAAAAUUAUUCCAAUUUUAAUCACAGCAACUUUUCUUCUCGUUACUAUAUUGACAUGUAGCUCGAUCUGUUUAAUUGCGGCAAACAUUCUGUUCAUUUUUAAGCUUCUCUUUGUUUCAAUUCCUCAACAUCUUAAUGAACUUCGUAAAGGCUCAAAUGAAAAGACUACUUAUCGUUACAUUGAUACAACACUAAUUCUUCUUAUUUGCUCAUCUCUGGUUCCAACAAUUCCAACUCUAGUAACCUGGUUUAGAGAUCAAUUUAUCCGUAAUCAAUUUUCAAAAUCAUUUGUUGAUCCUCAUAUUAUUUCUAGCUAUUUAAUUGCGAUUUCAACCAGCAUUUUACUUCAUUCAGAUUACUCGCCGUGUAAAAAUAAAACCUUUUUAAAGAUGAUGGCAUAUGUUCUUAAAUUGUCAGCUUUAAUCACUCCAAUGACUGGAUUAUUAGCAUAUAAUUACAUAACAAUGUUCAUUUCAAUCUCAUUCAUUUUGUAUAGCUUUUUUAGAUUCUCAUUGAUCUGGUUUUAUGAACCAAUCAAACAAGAUUAAAUUGAUUAAUACAUUUUGUUUUCAAACAUUCUAAUCAAACUUUGUAUUACAAUCAAACAAGAAAUUAUGUGAUCCAAGUUAAAGCUUUAUCAUGUUCCUGUAACAUGAAGAUGGUCAGACAAUAAUCAAAAAUGCUUUUCAUAGACUUAAA